ACCUACUACGUGCAACUAUGAAGAAACAAAUUCAUUAUUAUGUUGGCUUUCCUAUUUAAUUUGUAGAGAAAGCGAUAAAUUAAUUUGUUCAUGCAGACUUUUACAGAGUUACUUCGAACAUCUUAUUACAUUAACAGGCGAAAGUGAAAUUUAUAAAUAAGUCAGACAAUAAUUGGUAAAAAUGAAACCAAUAAAUUCAAAUGGUAAAAGUUCAAACGGAUUUUCAAUUGAUUCCUUGAUUCGACCAGACAAUAACAAAGAAUCUUGUUCUCCAUCAAGUAGCCAGUGUGAGUCUGAACAAUCUACCUCAGUCAUUCCAAGCAGAAUUCCACCAUUACAUCCAGCACUGCCUCCACACGUUAGAAAUCUACUUCUGGCGGACCAAGUCGCACAACAAACGAAUCAUACAGAUUUACUCAACUUUCAGAGAUCAGCGGCUUGGGCUUUUCAUAAUGGAUCACUGCCGUCGGUGGCAUCGUUCUCUAGAGGUAUUCCAGCACCAGUUACUGUUCCGUUACAUUCUACUUAUCCUAACUUUUUACAACCUCAUCGAGAUCCAAUGAACUUGUACCCAUGGCUAAUGUCGAGAAACACUAAUGGCCUCUUUGGACUUCCGUUUGGUCACGCUGAUGCAGGAUUUUACUUCCAUCCUUACAGAAAACCAAAACGAAUCCGAACAGCGUUUUCGCCUUCACAGUUGUUGAAGCUUGAACAUGCAUUUGAGAAAAACCAUUACGUUGUUGGUCAAGAAAGAAAAGACCUAGCAUCGAAAUUAGGACUGACUGAAACACAGGUGAAAGUCUGGUUUCAGAAUCGACGAACAAAGUUCAAGAGGGUCAAAUCAGAAGAAGACGGCGAUGAAGGUGAAGGAUCAUCAUCGUAUCACCAUGACAAUGCAGAUUUUACCCUUCAGCAUCACGAGUCCUCAGAUUCUGAUUCAGAAUGCGAUGUACAAACAGUUUAAAGACAUGCAAUUAUUUGUUUUGGUGCUGACACUGCCUUUAAUUCAUUUCACUAUCAUGUUCGUCUUGCAUUUUGAUAUUGUAUGCAUAUUCCUUUUCUGCUAUGCAAAUAUAUUCUAUUGUAUAUAAUUAUUCCUC